GGUUGAGCAGUUUGAAAACAAAGCAUAAACAAGCACAAGGCUUAGGGCUACGGACUUAAAAAGAGCCGUGCUUUUUGUGUGCAUCAUUCUUUUCCUCUUGUUUCUUCCCUCGUGCUGCUUAAUUGCAAGGGAUCAUGUUGCUUCCUAGUAAGGAUGUAAAUCACAGUGAAAAGUAAAGGCUUUAGUCACUUUUCGAAAGAAAAAGCAGAAAUAAUGGAUUGCUAGUGUUGCAACUUCAGAGGAUGAAGACUGGCAAAUGUCUUGCUGAGUAAGGCAGUUUUAUUACAGACGCUUUGAUUAGAGUCAUCAGAAUUCAGCAUGCCUCAUUGCUUUGGCUUUGGCUGUUCCAGUGACACCAAGAAAAAAGAAGAGGGUAUUAGCUUUUAUAGAUUUCCAGCUACUGAAGCCCUGGUUAAGCAAUGGGUUGUUAACUGUGGCCGAGAUGUGGGUAAUGUAGAUUCAGUUGCCCAGUUGAUUCUGGAUGAUCCUAAGGGCUACAUAUUCCGAGUGUGCAGUCAGCAUUUUACUGAGGACUGCUACAAACAAGACUCAAAGACAGAAGUAAUCGGCUUACGGAUGUGUAAAAGGCUAAAAGGCAAUGCAGUCCCAACAAAGUUUGUACAACGACCUGAAAAGGCAACAAGAAGUAACAGAAAUGAGAGUUGGUUUAAAAAACAAGUUUGUAAAGCAUCAGUGGAUACAUUCUGCCAGACAGAUGACAGAGGUGAUUUCCAACACCAUUCUGUGACCAGGGACACUGGGUGUCAGACAGAUUUCAUUAACCAUCUUCCACCUGUAGAAACUGUACCACUUCAUACUGAUAAGCUACCAGAAGCAUUAGAGGAUGUUUCAUUUUCUUUCACAAACGAAGAGUGGAAAAUGCUAACUGAGCUAGAAAAGGAUCUGUAUUGGGAAGUAAUGAAGGAAAAUUAUGAAACCAUGAAUUCACUGGGUUACCAAAUUCCAAAGGAACAUUUGUUAUCACUGUUUGAGAAGGCUCAGGAACCUCUUGUCCUUGAUGGUAUCAUUGCUCAGCAAGUGAGGAAGGAGUCUCAUCAGCAAGAGACAUCAAAAAUCACCCUUGUUGGGAAGAAAAGAAGACUAUUUGAAGAACCUGAAGGCAGCUACAUUAUCUCUGAAGAACCAACUCUGUACCUUUGUGAAGGAGAAAAGCAGCCUCCCCAGUCUUUAUCCCCACCUUUAAAAAAAGGUAAAAAAACAAAAAUUGCAAAUCCGCACCUUUCCUUAACAGAUGAGCAGCUUGACUUGCUUGAAGAAUCAAAAUCGGAACCUAGUACUAAAAAGGUAAUGUUUUGGGCUCGUCAAACUUUUAAUGGUUGGUGUAGUCAAAACCAGCUAAAUUUUGACAUAAAAACAGCACCAGCAGAAGAAAUCAACAGUGUUUUAAGAAAAUUUUAUGGUGAAGUCCGUAAUGGAACUGGUGCAGAAUACUCUGUUUCAAGUCUAUUUGAACUUCGGGCUGGGUUAAAUCGCUAUAUAAAUAGUCCUGAUGUAAAUCGUGGCCUUAACAUCAUUUCUGACCCCCAAUUUACCAGUAGCAAUAAUGUUUUUGUUGCUGUCGUAAAGCGAUGCAGAAAAGAGAGAGAAAAUCUUGUUGCACAUCACCCAGCACUUAGUGAAUCUGACUUGAUCAAGUUAAGGCAUUCUCCUGCCUUGUCCCCUUUGACUGCAGCUGGCCUUGUCCGCAAAGUCUGGGUGGAUAUUCAGCUGUAUUUGGCAAAGCGUGGCACAGAAGGACUGCGAGAUCUCAAACCAAACUCAUUUGUAAUUCAUAUAGAUGAAAAUGGGCUGCAGUACAUUUCCCUCAAGCAUACAGAUGAAUCUGAAAACCACAAGUACUUUACCGAGCAAAACAAACUGAAGGUAAAAGGAUUUAUUUAUGAACUCCCUGGAGACCCUUUGUGUCCAGUGCAAAGCUUCAAAAAAUACAUAAGCAAAUUGCCUGAAAAUGCACCUGCUCUGUUUUUGCACCCAAUAAGAGCAAGCCAGAUAUAUUUUGGGGGAUCCCCAGUUUGGUAUGCAAAACCUAUGGGAAUAAACUAUCUCUCUGGAAUGAUGCCCAGACUUAGCAAAGAAGCUGGUUUAUCUCGUGUAUACACUAAUCAUUCUCUCAGGACAACUACAGUUCGUCUGCUGCAGAGUGCAGGAUCCCAGGCUAGAGACAUAAUGGCAGUCAUGGGACUUUUGCCCAAUCCUUCUGUUUGGACCUGCUGGCCUCCUCUUUCCCAAGGAGCACAAAAAUGGAGCAACACUCUUCCACAACAGAAAACAGUGACCACCACUGAGCAGGCAUCAACUUCUACAACAAGCAAUGUAAUACAAUCAGUUCCUCAGGAAAAGUUCUCAGGAUUGCCAUUCCAACUUCUAAACUAUUCUUUUCCUGGACAGGUUAAAUUUAUUUUCUAAAUGCUAAAAUCUGUUAUUUUACCACACAUCUGAAUUUAAUGUGCACCUUGUAAUAUAAUCUGUUUGGAUCCCCUACCACAACCAUAGGCAUGUAGUUUUCAGACCAGUUUCUGCUUCAACAUGAAACCAUGGUAAUAAAUGUUUCUUUGUAUCUCUUA